ACCCUCCUGAAGGAUCCCAAGCUAUCCAGUGUUGUUAUGAACCCUCACACCAAGAGCGCAGUUAAACAGAAAGCUGUGAAUGAUGCCUUAGCGAAAGAGAAGAUGUCCCCUAUUACUGUCAACCUGAUGAAUUUGCUGGCUGAAAACGGUCGCUUGCGUUUCACACCAGACAUUGUCUCUGCAUUUGGGAAGAUAAUGAGUGCAUACAGAGGAGAAGUGCUGUGCACAGUCACCACUGCACAGCCCUUGGAUGAUGCCAGCCUUACUGAGCUGAAAAGUGCUCUGAGUGGAUUCUUGGCUAAGGGAGAGGUCUUGAAGCUGGAGACCAAGACUGACCCGGCCAUCCUUGGUGGCAUGAUUGUCAACAUUGGGGAGAAGUACGUGGACAUGUCAACAAGGACAAAGAUCCAGAAACUCACCCAGAUCAUGAGAGAGACUGCCUAGCUCACUGUCCUUGUCACUCACAGUGAAACCUGUCCCAUGGAAACAAUAAAAUUACUUCUUGAA